AUGCCUUCCAAGGAUCAUGACGCAGACGUCGACGCUGCUGCCCCUGACACCCCGCGCGACAAACACCAUCACCGUUCCAAAUCCGAUCGCAAAUCAGACAAGGACCGCGAACACCGCCACCAUCGCUCUUCGAGGCGUCACCGCAAGAGGGACAAGGACAGAGAUGGCGACGAGUCCAAGCGUCCAUCCGUCUCGACGAGCGAUUUGACAGCCGACUUAUCCAAGAUGUCCAUGGACAGGCAGCGCAUAUCGCUGCCCUAUCCCUCCUUCAGCAAGGCGCACAGCAAGGAGGCUGUCCUCAGCCGGGACGACGUUUCCAAGAGACCGUCGAAUCCCCCAACCCCAGAGCCGACCGACUGCGGCCGGGACGAGAAACGAUCCAAGUCCGCCGAGCUACCCCGCAAGUCUUCCGCUUCCAAGAAAUCAAGCCGACCGCCUACACCCCCAGAGACGGAUGUCUCGGCGGAGAAGAAACGGGCAGAGCAACAGGCGAGGGGCGACGACGAGCCAAAGUCUACGACCGAGGGACUAUCCAGAUCUGCCUCCCGCAACGAUGACAGGUCCAAAGUCAGUCGCAAGUCCGGGUCCUCGAGCCAGGCAACAUAUGUCAAGUCGCCAAAACACAAAUCGCACGAGAAGCUGCGCCCCUCGAGCUCCACCAGAUCUAGUUCGUCUCGACACUCGACCAAGCGACCAGGUUCGAUGCGCAGCUCCAAGCGGCAAGACCCGGUCGACGACGAGUCUUCGCCCUCGAGUGUGCAGGACUCUUCCCCCAAGACGCCCACGCCCACGACACACUCCCAUCCUCAUCUCUAUGGCGGCGAUAAGAACGCGCCGCCUGGGACACAAGGCGCCGAGUCAAGCUUCCCCUCCAAGACUGCGACUCCGGCCCCUGCUGCUCCGCCUCCGCCCCCGCCUCCUCCGCCCGAAGUGGACGUCCAAGACAUGCCCCGAGUCGACUAUUUGCUGCAGAACGGCGGCUUGCCUUGCCCAGUGCCCAAACGUUUUCUGUCGGCUUUGCCGCCGCCCAACGGCACCCGCCCGUCGAACCCUGCCCUGGCCGGUGCCGAGACGCUGUUUGCCCCCUUUUUCAACAUCUUGGACCAGUAUUCGGCUGUGCUAUCCAAGCACGGAUCAAUUGCCGUGGCGACAGGCCACCGAUCAGUGGCACGGCGGCUGCUCGACAGGCUCGAGAAUAUCUUUUCGCGAGACUUGCCUUCGGGCCUGACCUGGGGUGACGUUCUUGAAUGGGUCAGCGGCCGUAUUGAGCUGCCCAUGUGGCCGCCGUUUGAUCUUGCCGAGAUUGGGACAAAGGCGGCUGAGAUUUCUGCCGAGGAGCCUCCACGGCCGGCAUCCCCCGUCAAGUUGGACCCUGAUAUCGCCGAGGAGUUCAGGGACCAUUAUUUGCGUCAGUCCAAGAAGGUGAGGUCGGCCGUGGACAAGUGGCUCAACCAAACGGGAGAGACGCCCGUGCCGCCUCCCCAGGAUGUGGACGACGAGACGCUGGCAUUUGCGGUUCUCACCAAUUUGGAGCCCGGGGAACGGCCAUACUUCAACGCUCUUUUGUCUGGAUCCCGAGACUUGAAGCCAUCCACACGCGCCCCGACGCCGGGAUCGGGGUAUCGGCCACGCAACGACUUCAUCAUCAAGUGUGGCCUUUCUCUUCAACGGCUUUACCGGCUGUCGCAAGUCCCGCGUGAUGCCGAGUGUGCCACGUAUCUCGUCAAGAACCCCGAGACUCACGACCUGCUCGUGACCAUCUCCAACAUUAAUGGUUCUGAGUGGGAGAUUCUCACAUCGGGACGCUUUGACGGAUUCUUGUGGUCGGGAGCGGAUGCGGAUGAUUUCAACUCAGGUGUCGACUCGAGGGCGAUGGGCUCGCGGCAGACGACUCCAUUCUCGCCCUACUCUCGGGGUGCCACGCCUGCAUCCUUCAUCAGCCUUGCUUCGUCGGGCGUGCUUGGCGGCAGGCAUCCAGUGUCGAAUGACGAGGAAAUGGAAAUGGCGGCUGCCGCCGAGAUUGAAAGAGAAAUUUAUGCCGGCAUGGAGACGCUCGAGGAUGCCUUUGAGAAACUGCAUCACAAAGCCGAGAUGGUGCGGACGGCCCUCCGGCAGCGCGGAGCAGGGCUCAUGCAAAACUUUCAAAACCGCCGGCGAAUCGACGUACUCCCGACUCCCGGUUCUGCGAACUCCCAGAACGCUGCCUAUGAACGGCCAGCCUGGGCAGCCGGAAGCGACGGCGACGGCGGAAGCGAUGAUGACUGGACCUUGGACGAUGUGGAUAUCAUGCCAGAUGACUCGGCGAGCAACAUCAGCAGCUCCAGGCACAGACGCCCCAAGAGACGAACGGAACGCCGCACACCAGCGCCCAUCGAAGAGGACGAGGACGAGGAUCGCUGA